AUGACGUUUCUUCAUUUUAUACAGAAGGACCUGAACGAGGCUGCCGAAGGCGCCAUAGAAGAGGUGCUCCGCAGCGAUCCUUCCAAAUACGUUUCACAUACUGCUAGCUCCUUCAAUGUGGACCUGACUUUGUGGCAUGUAACAGCGCUAGAGCUUCAAAAUAUCCCGUUGGUUGAAGGCACCAACUACCUCCAGGCGGCCAGAGAGAAGGAAGGGAUGUUGGUGUUGGGCUCGGGGCCAGACAUGAAUGAUGGAAGCUGCAGACUUGUCUACUCCAUCAUCAAGCCCUCCCAGCUUUCAGUCGAGCCAUUUGGUGCUUUUGAUACUUCUUCUUUAUGCAAGAAGUAUGAAGCGCUAGGAAGAUGUUCGGCUGUGAGGUGCUUCUCGAUCUUUGAGCCCUCAAUUGGAAUCAAUGUUGCAGUUGUGGACCACGAGAACAAUGAUAUCUCGCCUGGACAACAAACGAAGAGAGAAGGCGACGUCUUUCAUAUUGUAUCUUUGCCUUACAGCAGCACUACUGUGCAAGAUUUCAAGAGAAGCUUGAAGGAAAGGCUCCAAGGUUUGGGUCUUGACUUUUCCGCUUAUCACACGUUUUCCCACUCAACAACUGCCGGUGUCCUUACGCUUAUGACGGUCAACCUCUCGUCAAUAGCCAUCUGUCAUUACGCCGACUUUUUAUAG